AUGGAUGCAUCAAAAUCUAACGAUACAACACAGUCAAAGCAAUUAUCUUUUGUUUUAAAUGAUGUAACUGUACGACAACGUACUGAUAUUGAAGGAAUACAAAAUAUUCUUUUGGUUUGGUUAGAUAAUAACAUUGACAAUAACAAUACUGAUUGCUGUAAUACAGUAGAACAAUUGAAACGUAUUGUUCCAAACAUCAAUGCAUUUACUGAUGAUAAUAAAUGUAUUCAAUUCAUUCAAACGAAUACUGACAGAAAGAUUUAUAUAAUUAUAUCGGAUACAUUUGGAAAACAAGUUGUACCUCGUAUACACGAUAUAUCUCAAGUAGAUGCGAUUUUUAUUUUUGGUAAAAAUAAAGAAUCGUAUGAAAAAUGGGUAAAAAUAAAGGGUGUCUUCACAGAACUACCAUCUCUAUGUGAAGCACUUGAACAAACAGUUGAUCAAUAUGAACAGAAUAUGAUACCAAUUAGUUUUAUUGCUAAAAAUAUUGCUGAUCAAUCAAAUAAUACAAUUUUUAAUCUACUAGAUUCAUCGUUUAUAUUCAUUCGAAUAAUUAAAGAAAUAUUAUUAACGAUCGAUUUUGGAGAAAUACAUCUUGAAGAAUUUAUUUUUUAUUGUCGUGAUGUAUUUGCUGAUGACGAUGAUGAAUUAGACAAUGUCGAUCAAUUAAAUAGUGAAUAUUAUAGUAAAAAACCAAUAUGGUGGUAUACACAAAAAUCUUUUUUAUAUCAUAUGCUUAAUCGUGCAAUACGAUCGUUAGAUAUAGGUGUCAUUGUUCGCAUGGGAUUCUUCAUCGAUGAUCUUCAUCGUAAUAUUCAACGGUUACAUUCCGAACAAAUAGAUGAUGAUGAUUUUAAUAAAUCGUUUACUGUUUAUCGUGGACAAAGUUUAUCGAAGAGAGAUUUCGAGCGAAUGAAGAAUAUCAAAGAUGGUUUUAUUUCAUUUAAUAACUUUCUACUGACUACUAAGAAUCGUAAUAUUUCAUUGGAUACUGCACAACAAGCUACAAUAAAUCCAGAUGUAGUUGGAAUUGUCUUCAUCGUGAAUGUUGAUGCUGCUCAAUCAACUACACCAUUCGCAUCGAUUACUGAUGUGAGUUAUUUUCAUAUUGAAGAUGAAGUUCUAUUCUCGAUACAAACUAUCUUUCACAUUGACAAUAUAAAACCAAUAGAUACAAACAAGCAUCUCUAUGAAGUAACAUUAACACUUACGAGUGAUGAUGAAAAAGAACUUCGUAAACUGACUGAUCGUAUUCAAAAAGAAACCUUGUCAGAUCAGCAAGGAUGGGUUAGACUCGGCCAGGUUUUACUUACAAUGAAUCAAAUUGAGAAGGCACAAGAUGUAUAUGAAAUUUUACUCGAUCAAACAAAUCAUGAGACUGAAAAAGCACCAAUAUAUUAUCAACUUGGUUGGAUAAAAAAUCAUCAAAAAGAAUAUCAAGACGCAUUAACAUUCUACGAAAAAUCGCUUUCUAUCAAUCAAGAUAUAUAUGCUCCUGAUAAUAUUAAUUUUGCUACUCUUUAUAGAAAUAUCAGUGCGUUACAUUACAUUAUGGGUAAUUAUCCGAAAGCGCUUUAUUUUAGUGAAAAAGCACUUGAAAUUAAACAAAAAUCACUUUCUCGCGAUGAUUUGGAAUUGGGUAAUGCAUAUCACGACGUUGGUAUAGCGCAUAAUGGUGUGCUUGAUUAUCCAGAAGCACUUUCAUCUCAUGAAGAAGCUCUUCGAAUUCGACAACAAGCUCUUCCUUCAAAUCAUCCAGAUUUAAUUGCUUCUUACAAUAAUAUUGGUAUGGUGAAUUUUAACAUGGGAAACUAUUCGAAAGCAUUAGCAACUUUCGAAAAAGCCUUUAAAAUUCAACAACAAUCACUUUCUCCUAAUCAUCCUGAUCUAACUGCAUACUACAACAAUAUCGGCAUGGUGUAUAAUAACAUGAGUGAUUAUUCAAAAGCACUCUCAUCUUAUGAAAAAGCUCUUGAGAUUCAAAAACAAACACUUCCUCCCAAUCACCCUAGUCUGGCUGUUACGUACAAUAACAUCGGUACGGUAUAUUUACAAUUGGGUGAUUAUCCGAAAGCACUUUCAUCUUACGAAAAAACUUUACAAAUUCGACAACAAAAUCUUCCUCCGAAUCAUCCUGAACUGGGUGAUGCUCACCAUAAUAUUGGUAUCGUGCAUAAUAGCAUGAACAAUUAUCCAAAAGCAAUUUCAUCUUAUGAAAAAUCAAUUGAAAUUAAGCAACAAUCACUUCCAUCUAAGGAUCCUAGUUUAGGUACUUCCUAUAACAAUAUUGGUAUCGUAUACAUAAGUAUGGCUGAUUUUCCCAAAGCACUUCAAUCUCACGAAAACGCUCUACAAAUUCGACAACAAUCGCUUCCUCCUAGUCAUCCUGAUUUGGCUAUGUCUUUUGGAUAUAUUGGUAAAGUAUACAACAGCAUGGGUGAACAUUCAAAAGCACUUUCAUAUUGUCAACGUGCUAUAGAUAUUUCACAACAAACAUUACCUCCAGAUCAUCCACAUUUUCAAUGGUAUAGAAAUAUUCUUCAGGACAUACAAAAGAAUCUAUGA